GGCGGCCCCCGCCGGCGGGCAGCGCCGCUCUAGCUCAGCCUCCAUGGUCGCCCCUCCUCCGUGGUCCUCCGCGUCGCCCCGGUGACGGCGGCGCGGCAAGAUGGCGUCGGCGCUGCGGGCCGGGCGGCGGCUGCGGCGGGCGGUGCAGGGGGCAGAGCUGGCGGGGCUGCCCGCCGGCCUGCGGGCCGAGCUGGAGGCGGCCCUGGCCUCCGAGGGCGCCCUGGUGCCGUUCAGCCUGCUGCGGAGGCUGCACGCCGCGCUGCGGGAGGCAGAGUCCCCGCUGUACCUGCACGAGCUCCUGGAAGGCUGUGAGAUCCACCUGCCCGAGGUGCCGGUGCCGCCGCGGAACCCCGAGCUGGUGGCCCGACUGGAGCGGAUAAAAGCCAAGCUGGCCAACGAGGAGUACCGGCGGAUGACCCGCAACAUCACGUGCCAGGAGAGGAAUGGGACACUGGCCGAGUUUGGAAGGCAAGUUCGCUCCGUUAGGGCUGUUGUCAUCACCGUGUUCAACUUCCUGGUGACAGUGGUGGCCGCCUUUGCCUGUGCCUACCUGGGCAGCCAGUACGUCUUUGCCGAGACGGCGCCGCGUGUCCUCUCAGCUGUGAUUGUGGCCUCGGUGGUUGGCCUGGCCGAGCUGUACGUCAUGGUGCGGACCCUGGAGGGGGACCUUGGGAAGCUGUGACCACACACGGCCCCGGGAGCUCUGGCCUCAUGCUGGAGGCUCUUGCCCUCCCCAGGAGUCAUUCAUUUGGGGCAGGUUUAUCUUCUACCAUCUGCUGUACCUGCUGAUGGGAAGGCUGCUGAAUUCCUCAGGCCUCAUCCUUUGCUUCCUGCUCCUUAAUGUUCCUGAAAUGAAUAAUGGAUUAAAAAUUCCGCAGCUGCAGCACAGGAGAAGGAAGAGCUGUGGCCUCUCACCCCCCGGCACAGAGCGGUGUUGUCUCUGUUCCAUGCUCUGAGGUUGUUGUCCUUUUAUUCUGGAAAUAAAUUAUGUUGCAGGUUUUCAA